AUGUACGGUUCAAGCGAUACAAAAGAUGUUCCUAUUACAAUGGAAGAUACUAAGAAAAUGAAAUAUUUAGAACGAGUCAUCAAGRAGACUUUACGUCUUUUUCCUCCCGCCCCGUUUAUUGCACGCAAACUGUCCAGAGAUACAAAAGUUAAUGACAAUGUGGUAAUACCAAAAGAUUGUCAUGUAGUUUUUUCAAUAUUUUCACUUCACCGAAAAGAUAAAUAUUGGACUGAUCCGUUAAGAUUUAAUCCUGAUCGGUUCUUGUCAGGAAAUUAUAAUCGGAAAUGUUUCUUACCAUUCAGCUUUGGGAAAAGAGGAUGUAUAGGUCAAAUAUUUGCUAUGACCCAAAUGAAGGUAAUAGCAGCUAGUCUAUUGAGAAAAUUUACUGUUCGAAUAGACGAUUCAGUAUUGGUGGAAAAUGUUAACCUAAAAUUCAAGAUAACCUUGCAAACGGCUGAAACUAUACUCUUGAGAUUAAACAAGCGAUAAUAUUUAUCAUUUUUGUCGAUACU